GCCAUGAGAGCAGUUGUCCUUGCCCUGACUCUAGCCCUUGUGGCGGGUCAACAGGUUAAGCUUACACCAGGCUUUGGCACCAGUAAGACCUAUGUGUACAAGUAUGAAGCAGUGCUUCUGGGAGGUCUGCCAGAGGCUGGGCUGGCCAGGGCUGGGGUGAAAGUCAGCAGCAAGAUUCUCAUCAGUGGAGUUGCCCAAAAUACCUUCCUGCUAAAGCUCAUGGACCCUCAGAUCUUUGAGUACAGUGGCAUCUGGCCCACAGAUCCAUUUGUCCCAGCCGCAAAGCUCACAGAGGCCCUCGCUGCUCAGCUGCUUAUUCCCAUCAAGUUUGAGUAUACUAACGGUCUCGUAGGCAAUGUGUUUGCACCUGCUGAAGUCUAUGCAACAGUUCUGAAUAUCCACAGAGGUAUCCUGAACAUACUCCAGCUCACCACCAAAAAGUCCCAGAAUGUGUAUGAGCUGCAAGAGGCUGGUGCUCAAGGAACCUGCAAGACUGACUAUGUGAUCAGUGAAGAUGCAAAGGCAGAGCGCAUUUACAUCACCAAGUCCAAAGAUCUGAACAACUGCCAUGAGAGAAUAAUGAAGGAUAUUGGUAUGGCAUAUACAGAGACAAGCGCCCAAAGUCAACAGAGGGGAAAGAACCUGAGGGGAGCUGCGGCUUACAACUAUAUCAUGAAGCCAACUGCAGCUGGUGCUCUGAUUACUGAGGCCACUGUUGAGGAGCUUCACCAGUUCACACCUUUCAAUGAGAUGACUGGAGCAGCCCAGAUGGAGGCCAGGCAAGUCAUGACGUUCUUUGAAAUCCAGAAUGCUGCAGUUCAGCCUAUCCAAGCAGACUACAUACCUCGAGGGUCCUUGGCAUAUGAAUUUGCAGAUGAGAUUAUCCGGACACCCAUUGAACUCAUAAGGAUCAGUAAUGCACAGACUCAGAUUGUAGAAAUCCUGACUCAUCUUGUGGCAAACAACAUCGCUGCAGUCCACGAGGAUGCUCCCCUGAAGUUUCUGCAGUUGAUCCAGCUUCUGCGUGUCGCCAGCUAUGAGGAUAUUGAUGCCAUAUGGAAUCAAUUCAGGGCUAAACCUGCUUUCAGACGUUGGAUCCUGGACACUGUCCCUGCCAUUGGAACACAAGCUGCAGUGAAGUUCAUCAGCGAGAAGUUCCAGGAUGGAGAGUUUACCACAGCUGAGGCUGCUCAGGCAAUGUUGGCUGCCAUGCAACUGGUUAAGGCUGACAAGCCAACCAUCGAACUUGCAGAAAGGCUGGUAUUCGACUCCAAGAUUCAGACAGAGCCCGCACUGCGUGAAAUUGCAAUGCUUGGUUACGGCUCCAUGGUUUUCAAGUUCUGUGCUGCACAGCCCAGCUGCCCAGUUGAUGUCAUGAAGCCUGUCCUUGACAUCGCUGCAGAGGCUAUUGCUGAAGUCAAUGUGACUGAGAUCACCCUGGUUCUGAAAGUUCUGGGGAAUGCUGGGCAUCCUGCCAGUAUCAAGACAAUCAUGAAGCUCCUGCCAGGAUUUGGCACUGCAGCUGCUGCACUCCCAGUCAGUGUCCAUGCUGAUGCUGUGAUGGCCCUGAGGAAUGUUGCCAAAUUUGAGCGUAGACAGGUCCAGGAAGUGGCUCUGCAGCUUUUCAUGGACAGAGAUGUUAAUCCAGAGGUACGCAUGGUGGCCUGUGUUGUGUUGUUUGAGACCAGGCCAACCAUGGGUCUGGUGGCAGUCAUUGCUGACGCUCUGCAGAAAGAACCCAGCCAGCAAGUGGCCAGCUUCACCUAUUCUCAUAUGAAGGCCCUGACCAGGAGCACUGCCCCAGAAUUGGCCCCAGUUGCUGCUGCUUGUAAUGUUGCGGUGAAGAUCGUGAGGCACAAAUUUGACAGACUGAGCUACCGUUUCAGCAAAGCAUUCCAUCUUGAUGCUUACAGCAAUAACCUAAUGGCUGGAGCUGCUGCCAGUGCUUUCCUUAUCAAUGACGCUGCCACCAUUUUUCCCAGGGCUGUUGUGGCCAAAUUGCGUGCCUACUUUGCUGGGGCAGCAGCUAAUGUUCUGGAGUUUGGAGUUAGAACUGAAGGAAUUCAGGAGGCUCUUCUGAAAACACCUGCUGCUGCUGCUGCUGCUACUGGUGCUGCUAACAGGAUGAACAGAAUGAGGCAUGUCUUGAAGGCUCUUGCAGACUGGAAAGCAGCACCAGGCAAAGAACCACUGGGCUCCAUGUACAUAAAACUGUUCGGCCAAGAAAUUGCCUUCCUGAGCAUCAACAAAGCCAUGAUUGAUCAGGCAAUGCAGUACACAACUGGAUCUUCUGGAGCACAUACGAUGUUGAGGCGUGUGCUGAAUGCACUGCAGUCUGGAGCUGCUAAGCAGUGGGCCAUGCCCCUGCUGGCUGCUGAGGUGCGUCGCAUCUUCCCAACUUCUGCUGGUGUUCCCAUGGAACUGAGUCUGUACACUGCAGCUGUAGCUGCUGCUACUGCCGACAUCAAAGCAACUCUCACACCUGCACCUGCUGAAACCUUCCAUGUUGCGGACCUGUUGAAGACUGAUAUUCAACUACAAGCUGAGAUUACACCAAGCAUUGCCAUGCACACUUUCGGUGUUAUGGGAGUGAAUACUGCCAUUAUUCAGGCUGCAGUUAUGGCCAAAGCUAAAGUGCAUACAAUCCUCCCUCUGAAGUUUGCUGCAAGAAUUAACAUUGCUCAAGGCACCUACAAGUUUGAAGCUUUGCCCGUUCAGGUUCCGGACCAUAUUGCAGCUGUACGCUUUGAGACCUUUGCUGUGGCAAGAAAUGUGGAAGAUGCUGCUGCUGCUAGAAGCACUCCAAUGGUGCCUGCGGCUCUUGCAGCCCAGCUGUCCAAGGAGAAGUUUACAUCUAAGGGGGCAGUGUCUGCGUCAAGGUCAUCUGAAAUCCUUUAUCCUGAUAUGGCUGCUAAAGCUGAGCCAAAAUUGAAGGGCAUAUCAGCGACGGUUCAAGAGGCAUACUGUGCCAUGCUGUCAACUUUUGGAUUCAAAGCAUGCCUUGAGGUUGCAUCGCAGAAUGCUGCAUUCAUGAGAAACAGCCCUCUUUACACACUGAUUGGAAAGCAUGCAGUUACUGUUGCCAUUAAACCAGCAACUGCUGAAGAGGCCAUCGACAAAGUGCUGAUUGAAAUCCAGGUUGGACCCAAGUCAGCAUCAAAAAUAAUCAAAGCGAUCACUCUGAAAGAUGAGGAGGAAACUACAGAGGGAAAGACUGUCCUGCUGAAGCUGAAAAAGAUCCUGGAUACUGGAAUUAAGAACCGAAUGAGAAAUGUUAGCAGCUCCUCCUCCUCCAGCUCACGUAGUUCCUCCAGCCGCCGUGCGCUAAGCCUCAGCAAGAGCAGCCAUUCGUCUAGCUCCAGUUCCUCUUCUUCAUCUGCUUCCCAUCACAAGAAAAACAGCAAGAGCAUCCUAAGCAGCAGUAGCAGCAGCAGCAGCAGUAGCAGCAGCAGCAGGAGUCGCAGUAGCAGCAGCAGCAGCAGCAGCAGCAGCAGAAAGCGUAGUGGCUCCAAGAAGGUCAGCACCAGCGUCAGCCGUUCUGUCAGUUCCUCCAGCUCCUCCAGGUCGUCCAGGUCCUCCAGCUCCCGCAUGUCCCGGGCGGAAAUCUACGACUACAAGUUCACCAAAAACCACAUCCACCGGCACACCUCUAAAGCUGUCUCCGGGGUAAAGGUGUCCUCCAGUUCCAGAACCAGCAGCAUUGGCAGUAGAGUCAGUAGCUCCAGUAGAAGCUCGAGCAGCAGGCUCAGCAGUGCUGCCAGCUUUCAGGCCAUUUACAGAAAGAACCGAAACCUUGGAGAUGCUGUGCCCCCUGCCAUGGCCAUUGUUGUUCGUGCUGUGAGGGCUGAUGGAAAGAUGCAGGGAUACCAGAUUGCAGCCUACAAGGAUACUGCUGAUGCUAGGGUGCAGGUCAUUAUGGCUGCUCUUGCUGAAAAUGAAAACUGGAAGAUGUGUGCUAAUGGAAUCCUGCUGAGCAGACACAAAGUCAUGGCCAAGAUUGGCUGGGGAGCGGAAUGCCAGGAAUUUGCAGCGGUUGUCAAGGCAGAGACUGGUCUGAUGGGUGCAAGCCCUGCAGCCCGCAUGAAGCUGGACUGGACCAAGAUUCCCAAAGCUUUUAAGCACUAUGCUCACAAGAUCGCUGAGUACAUCCCUGGUGCUGCUCUCAUGGCUGGAAUAAAUCAGGCCAGAACCAGAAACAGAGCGGAACAGAUCAAAUUCACUGUGGCUGCCACUUCUGAAAGGACCAUCAAUUUUAUAAUGAAAACACCAAGGAUGACCCUGUAUAAAUUGGCUGUGGCUCUUCCCAUUGCCCUUCCAUUUGGAGCUGGAGUUGCUGCUCGUGCACACCUGACCAUUCCUGAUAGAAUCGCUGAAAUGAAUGGAGUGCAAUGCAGCUUGGCCAAUGAUAUCCUGACCACAUUCAACAACAGAAGGUACAAGAAUGAAAUGCCCAUCUCUUGCUACCAAGUGCUGGCCCAGGACUGCACCCCAGAGCUUAAGUUCAUGGUUCUGAUGAAGAAGGAUCCAGUUUCUGAACAGCACCAUAUCACAGUGAAACUUGAUGACAUGGAUGUUGACCUCUACCUCAGUGACAGUGAAGUGCGGAUGAAGAUCAACGGCAAGGAAGUACCUCCCACCAGCCUACCUUAUGAACAUCCCACAGGUUCAAUCGUCAUUGGGCAGAAUGGUGAUGGACUGUCUCUCUAUGCUGCCAGCCAUGGCCUGCAUGAAGUCUACUUUGAUAAAAAUACAUGGAAGGUUAGAGCUGCUGAUUGGAUGAAGGGCCAGACUUGUGGAAUCUGUGGAAAGGCUGAUGGUGAAGUAAGACAAGAAUUCCGCACUCCCAGCGGACGCCUGACCAAGAACGCUCUCAGCUUUGCCCAUUCUUGGGUCCUUCCUGUAGAAAGCUGCCGUGACGCUAGCCAGUGCCACAUAAAGCAGGAGUCAGUGAAGCUGGAGAAGCAGAUGAUCCUGGAUGGACAGGAGACUAAAUGCUACUCUGUUGAGCCUGUGCUCCGCUGUGUGCCUGGCUGCAGCCCUCAGAGGACCACCCCUGUCACUGUUGGCUUCCACUGCAUCCCCACUGAUUCCAAUGUGAACAGAUCUGACAGCCUGAGCAGCAUUGGUGAGAAGACUGUGGAUCUUAGGGAAACAGUUGAUGCCCAUCUGGCCUGCCGCUGUACAAAACAGUGCGCCUAGUGUGUGUAGUCAGACAUUAC